AUGGAGAACAACUCGCGACCCCCCAGCUCCCAGCCCAGACCCAGUGGUCUUCCUCGGCCGUCGAGACUCCCAGUUCCCGGUCAAUCCAGGCUACCCGUCCCACGAUCGACCUCGCUCCGGAAAUCGCCAUCCCAGGAAUCCCUACCCGCGGACUCUGGCCCAGCCGGAACCUCGUUGCAAAGCCCGAGACUUCGAUCUACCACUUCCCGCGACCAAUUGACUUCGACCACCACGUCGAGGAGGCCCCAAUCCAUGCUCAUUGCGCCUUCGAGGGUUGUUUCGUCUGCCAACUGUGCCCGCGCUGCUUCACGCCAGGGACAGUCCCAAUCCGCAUACCAACCCUUCUCGGCGUCCACAGGCAGCCAUGCUUUGCACGAUACCGAGUCGAUAGUUUCUGAUGACAGCCCAACUUCUGCAGUCAGGUCAAACUCGACGUUGAUAGAGAGGACGAUCGAGGCCUUGUCUCAGUUGCCCUCUUCGCCAUCAGUGAGGGGGAAAUCCGCUGCUUCUUUCUAUAGCGAUGGGAUACCCAAGGGAAGAACUUCGUCAAGACCAACGAGUAGGCUUUCUCGACCUGGAUCGAGUCAUCAAUCACAUGAGUCUCUCGGUGCUUCGUCCAACCAUGGGAGCAGGCCUGGCUCACGGCUGGAUAGUGAGGAUGAUGGCUCCAGCUUCCACGGAACAUACGGUUCUUUGAGGCCACGACAGGGCGUCCACUCUAUCAAUGCGCCAGCGGCAAGGAAAGCCACCCCACGGGCGUCUCGAAUGUCUCUCUACGGGGAUCUACCGUCAUCUGCCAUUGAUAAUCAAAGCCCCAAGACACCGAGCACUGAGAAAACGAAACCCGCAGCACCGCGCCCCCUUGCCAAGCGAACAUCUGUCUAUGGCCUCUCAAAGAAGCCAUCUGGGGCCGGACUGGGAAAGGGGACGCAGGGAACGGCGCCUAGAAAAGUAUCUAUGGCGUCGCAAAGGUCGGCGGCGACAUCUGUUGAAGGAAGUGUGUCAGCAUCAUCUGGAAGCACAGCAACCUCUGCCGAUUUGACUGAGUCCUCCCCAGCCCAAACCUACCGGAAAGCCUCAUCCACGUUGCGCGAACAGAUCGCAAAGGCGAAGGCUGCGGCCAAGAAAGCUGCAGUCCAGCCAAUAUCCGAGUCUGCCCCUGCCGUCGGACACAAGUCAUCUGGCUUUGGAUCUUUUGGUGACGAUUUGGGCUUUGCUUCGCAUCACGAUCCUUUCAACCAGCACAAGAAUGACCAGUCACAGGCCAAGGUCCUACAGGCACGUUUUUCUACUGCAAGAACUAGCGGGCGCCUCAACAUUGCUGCGAUGGGUCUUAAAGAGAUCCCGAUUGAGGUUCUGGAAAUGUAUAAGCUUGAGGCUAUCGGCGCCACUGGCGGGGCUUGGGCCGAGUGUGUUGACCUGACCAGAUUUGUGGCUGCGGACAAUGAGCUUGAGAUAAUUAGCGAUACAAUUUUCCCCGAUGUUGAUCCACAGGAGAUGGUGGAUGAUGAGGACAGUGAGGGCAACAUCUUUGCAGGACUCGAGACUUUGGAUCUCCACGGGAAUAUCCUGGUGACUCUUCCAAUGGGUUUGAGGCAACUUCGCCUGUUGACCUCCCUGAAUCUGUCCUCAAACAGGCUGGCAAAUAGCUGCUUGGAGGUGGUGUCGCAAAUCACCACCCUCAGAGAUCUGAAGCUCGGCGGUAACCUCCUCUACGGUGAACUCGACCCUUGCUUUGCGAACUUGGAGAAUCUUGAGAUCUUGGACUUGCACGGUAACAACCUCUCUUCGCUCCCUUCCAACUUCGGCAACCUCUCUCGCCUUCGCGUUUUGAAUGUUAGCGAAAACGCCUUUGCGUCUUUGCCUUUUGGUACUUUGGCGAAAAUGCCCUUGACCGAGAUCAACGCGCGCAAGAACCAGAUUAGCGGUACACUGAUUGAUGAUUCGGUCGAUUCUCUUCCGUCUCUACAAAUCCUGGACGUUUCGUCGAACCAGCUCGUCCGUCUUUGCUCCCCGACAAAGGCCAUCACUAUGCCUGCCCUGCUCCAAAUCUGCCUCUCCAUGAACCGCCUUCAGGAUUUGCCCUACAUUGGAAGCUGGGCCAAGCUACAUACGAUUGCCGCCGAUGAGAACAAUAUCAACUCUGUUCCGGAAGGUUUUGCCAAACUCAAGCAUUUGAAGUCUGUCGAUUUCUCAAGUAACGACAUCCGUAUUAUCCCUAAUGAGGUGGGACAGAUGGAGAACUUGAUGAUGCUGCGCCUCAGCGGUAACCCUCUGCGGGAGAAGAAGUUUAGCACAAUUAGUACGGAGGAGAUGAAGGGUAUUCUAGCUCUUCGGCUCGAGCCACGUGAGGACACUUCUGCCUCCAAGGUAAAUUCUCUCCUCGAGGUGUCUUCUGUCUCCGAGGUGGAGGUUGUCAGCCCCAGUGAUGCCGGCUUGAAAGGUAUUGAUAUGAAGGAGCUCACCAUCAAUACCACUAAGACUUUGCCCAAGACCAAGAAAGCUCCGGUUGGGAACAACGCUUCUAAGCCGAAAGAGCCUAUCGUUACGAAUACCGCCACGUUUGAACACGACCAGCUUACUGAUGAAAACGACGACAUCGACGACAGCCGAUCUGAUACGGACCAUUACGCGACACCCCCUACUUCCGCCCGGGCCUCUCCAACUCAUUCUCGCUCUCAAACGUUAACGGAGGGGAUCUGGCCCGUUAAGUCCGGUGGAGUUCUUGACCGUUCUGGCACACAAUCCUCUUCACUCCACCCCGUCAUCUCCUCUAGGGUUGCUGCCGAACACAAAGUUUACGAAAUCCAGCUUCACCACAACCUCUUUACCACGUUUCCCGAAUCGCUCUCUUUCUUCGCCGCAACUCUGACCCACUUGAACUUGUCACACAACGAACUCGUAGCUGAGAAAUACCUCGGAGGACUAAGCGGCAAUGAUCACCUCGAACUCCGCGCCCUCAGGGAACUGAACCUUAACCACAACCACAUCUCAAGCUUAGAGCCGUUGCUUUCUCACCUGCGUGCCCCAAACUUGCAAAAGUUAGAUGUCAGUUUCAACCGCAUCUCCGCUCUGCCCGCCGGCACUGCUCUUCGCGACGCGUUUCCGAAUCUUAUCGUCCUCACCAUCUCCAACAAUCACUUGUCCGAGCUGGACCCGGAAUCGAUCAAGGGUAUGCAUGUGGUGGACGCGGCCAAUAACGAUAUCGCACAUCUGAACCCUCGUAUUGGACUUCUGGGCGGAAGCGGUGGGUUGGAGAGGCUGGAUGUUAGUGGCAAUAGGUUCCGCGUACCCAGGUGGAGCGUUUUGGAGCGCGGGACAGAAGCGACGCUCAGGUGGUUGAGAGGAAGAGUCCCGGUUGCGGAGAAGGCGGCGUGGAGGGGGAAGGAGGGCGGUGAUGAGGAUUCUGAUUUGGAUUAAGUGGUGGGUACGCUCAUGGAUGGGGCAUGGAAAGAAGAGGAUUCCAAUAUCUAGGGGCAGUUGAGGGAUUGUGAAGACCAUAUGAUAUACGAUCAUGGUAUAUACGGCAAGGGAAGGGAAAGGGCACCAUUAUUGUUGGAAUAUCGUCGUGUUAUUACUGUUACACUUGGUUGUGCAUGUAACACAUGUUAUGGAUUAUUAAAUGUUAUUGAUGGGAGGACGAGAAUAACGGCUAGCCUGAUGAGGCAUGUACAUAUCUAGUUUACCAGUUUUUGUAAUGGCUAUUGCUAAUUCAAAAUGCUCGCUUC